AUCGUGAUCGCCGGCAUGGGCUUCUUCACCGAUGCCUAUGACCUCUUCUGCAUCAGCACCAUAUCGAAGCUCCUCGGCCGCCUCUACUACUACGAUGGCAAGAUGAAGCCGGGAAAGCUCCCUCGCGACGUCAACAAUUUCGUCAUCGGGGUCGCCCUCAUCGGCACCCUCACGGGCCAGCUCUUCUUCGGCUGGCUCGGCGACCGCCUAGGCCGCAAGCGUGUCUAUGGCGUCACCCUCGUCCUCAUGGUCAUCUGCGCCAUCGGCUCCGGCCUCUCCUUCGGCUCCUCCCCAAAGUCCGUCAUGGCCACCCUCUGCUUCUUCCGCUUUUGGCUCGGCUUCGGCAUCGGCGGCGACUACCCCCUCUCGGCCACCAUCAUGUCUGAGUACGCCAACAAGAGAACCCGCGGUGCCUUCAUCGCCGCUGUCUUCGCCAUGCAGGGCGUCGGCAUCAUCUUCGCCGGCCUUGUCUCCAUGACCCUCUCGGCCAUCUUCCUCUACUUCUUUCCGGCCCCACCGUUCUCCGCCGAUCACGUCCACUCCACCCAGCCGCAGGCCGACUUCCUGUGGCGCAUAGUGCUCAUGCUCGGCGCGGCCCCGGCGCUCAUCACCUACUACUGGCGCAUGAAGAUGCCCGAGACCGCCCGGUACACCGCACUUAUCGCCGGGAACGCGAAGCAGGCGGCGCUCGACAUGGAGAAAGUCCUCGAGAUCGAGAUACAGGCUGAUCAAGAAAAGGUAGCCCAAUUUAAAUCUGCCAACGACUACCGGUUACUGUCGGGGGAGUUCUUUAGACGGCACGGGCGGCACCUCAUCGGCACGAUGAGCACCUGGUUCCUGCUCGACAUCGCAUUCUACAGCCAGAACCUCACCCAGAAGGACAUUUUUCCGGUGAUGCACCUCACAAGCUCGGCGGAGAACGUGAAUGCGCUUAGGGAAGUGUACCAGACGUCGAAAGCCAUGUUCAUAGUCGCGCUGUGCGGGACCUUCCCCGGCUACUGGGUCACGGUGCUGUUGAUCGAGAAGAUGGGAAGGUAUCUGAUUCAGCUCGUCGGAUUCUUCAUGAUGUCCCUGCUCAUGUUGAUAAUGGGGAUCAAGUAUGACUACCUCAAGGACAAGAACCACACGCUGUUUGCUGCACUCUACGGCGCCACGUUUUUCUUCGCUAAUUUUGGGCCGAACAGCACCACGUUUGUGCUGCCGGCGGAGCUCUUCCCGACUAGGGUGCGGUCGACGUGCCAUGCGCUGAGCGCGGCGGCGGGGAAGGCCGGAGCGAUCGUCGCGGCGUUCGGCGUGCAGAGCUUCACAUUGGACGAGAAGUCAAGCCAGAUAAAGGGUGCGCUCAUCGUGCUAGCUUUUACAAAUAUGUUAGGGUUCUUCUGCACGUUUUUGGUGACGGAGACCAAGGGGAGGUCGUUGGAGGAGAUCUCUGGAGAAGACGGGAGGGCCGGAGAAGACGGGAAGGCCGGAGAAGGGAGAGGUUGA